GUCUCAAGGUAUUUUUCUGCUUUCCUCUUUGGUUUCUUCAGUGACCCAUUGGUUGGUUGGUAGCAUAUUAUUUGGCCUUCACAUAUUUGUAUUUUUUGCAGUUUUCUUCUUUGUAGUUCAUUUCUAGUUUCAUAUCAUUGUGGUUAGAAAAGAUGCAUUAAUGAUUUCAUUCUUCUUAUGUUUAUUGAGACUAGUUUUGCGGCCUAGCCUUUGAUCUAUCCUAGAGAGUUUUGUUUCUUUUCAUUAUCCUUUAAAUGUGGGUAAUAUUUUAGGAUUCUGUUUUUGUUUUUGUUUUUUUUGUUUUUUGUUUUUUUGGUCUGCACCCAUGGCAUACAGAUGUUCUCAGGCAAGAGAUUAAACCUGCACCACAGCAGUAACCCAAGCCACAGCAGUGACAACACUGGCUCCCACUAGGCCAACAGGGAACUCCCAGGAUUCUGAUUUUGAAUCCCUUUUCUUCUAACUCCAGAUAUUCUUCCUAGAUUAUCUCAUCUUCUGGCCUGGCUUCAGUAAUCUUGAUGAUUCUGGUCUGUCUCCAAUCCAGGUUAGCUCCUGAGUUCCAGAAGCUAUUAAGUGGCUUACAGGAUAUCUCCAGUUAGUUUUCCAUAGGAACCUAAAGUUUGAAUAUGUUCAAAUCUGAGCCCCUCAUUUAUGUUCCUUCAUUAUUCUUCCCCUUCACCCAUAAAAUGUAUUCAUCUUCCUAUAUUUGUUAUCAUAGUAGUUGGGAUUGCAAUAGCUACAUACUUCUGCAAUCUAGAAACUAGGGGUUAUUCUUAGUUUUUCUUUACAUUUCACAUUAAAUGGUUUGCUGAUUCUUAAUGGAGACAAGCUUGGACUACAGCAUGGUAGAGAAGGUAAAGGGAAAUUAAUGGAUAUGUUUUGUAUUUGUAAGCCCUCACUGUUUGCUAAGAUAUCAAAUGUGAAUGAUGUGAAGGAAAGAAGUGAAUUAUGACCUUGGAUUUUUACUUAAGCAAUAGGCUGGCUUCAGUAAAUUUUAUUUAGAUUGGGAAGAUGUGGGGAUGAAUUAGGUUUGUGGUACAGGUGUAACAGUGUUCUGUGUUAGGUAUGCUAGGGUUGGACAUGCCUGUCGGGUUUCCAUGGACUAGCUCUGAUAAUUUUGACUGAUCAUUUCUUUGACAUGAUCACGUUUUUCUCUUAUGUAGGAUUCUUGGAGCUGCAUGAGAGAUUUGUCCUGGAGAUGGUUGUUAAAGCCAUAGGACUACACAGGACAAUAUUAAGUAAAGUGAGGUAAAAUUCCAUAUUUGUAUAGGUAACAGAGGAGUGAGAGACAAAGAGGCUUAGGCAUUUUUGAAGGUUUUAAGAAAGAGGUAUAAAAUAUUCCUUAUGAAGGCUGGAAACCUAGUGGAGAAGUUCUAGUUUGAGGUUUGCGUUAUGAUUGGAAAAUAAGACCAGUUAGUGCGGUUUUGUAAGUUUUUCCCCCAGUGCUAUUUUUCUAAUUAAGUUCAUUUGUAUCAUUUAAAAAUUAAGUAAGUUCCACAUAUGCAUCUCAUUUAUCUUCAUGGUGACCAUCUUGGUUGUUGUAACUUUUAGAUGACUGUCAGUACUUGCCAGUUACAUCUCUUACCCCACUUUUAAAAAAAUAACCUUUUAGCUUGCUCACUACUGAAGUGUAUUGUGCCUUAAAUCAUGCUUUCCUAUUCUUUGUUGAUAACUCAAGACUUUUCCUUUAAUUCUUUUUAGUCACAUUAAAAAUUUUAUAGCAAGUGGGGAAAGUUCAUGGAUAUAAAAUUGGCAACUGCAUUGUAUUGUUGAAACAGAAAUGGCUUAGUUAGAAAGAUGAGCAUCUUUUUUUCUUGGUGCCAAGUGGAAAUAGAACUUUUUAUAAUGAUUUAAAAAUGCAAGGCAGAAGUUUUGGAUUUACUAUUUACUUUUCCAGUAGUAAAUUGACUUGGAACUAUUAAGAGCUAAAGGAGAUGCUUUGGUGAUGAGAAUUGAAACUUAAAAUUUAAGUGGAAAAGUUCUUUUAUGGAUUCUAUAGUGAUGUUGAUCCCAUUUAUUAUUAGUUUAUCUUUUCCAUCCAAUAAUUUUUACUCCUGAUGAACAAAGAGUUAAAUUUAAGAGAUAAACUAUAGUAAAAUGUUUUAUUGAACCUUUGAGUGUUUAAUAUACUCUUAAGUCUGAAUAUUAGUGUAUAGUAAUAACCUGCUAAAAUGAACAGAGUCAGAAAGAUACUUAGAGCCUUUUGUGGAGGUGCUGUGGUAUUAGUUCCUUUUGUAAACAUAAUGCAGGAUCUUCAAAUUCUUUGUGUUAAUGUUAAAAACAAAAAUACUUGAGAAUAUCAUACUGAAUUUGUUGAAAGGAAAUGAUGGGUUUCAAAAACCAGUACUGUGUAUGACUCCACUGGAUUAUAGUGUGAAAUUGUAUAGUUAAAUUUCUGAAAGAUCUCUUUAGUACAUUGAAUCUGUAAAGUCUCUGUUUAGAAGACCUUUUUUUCUGAAAGCCUCUUUGCCUUUCAUUAUAAAAGAGCCUGGUACUGCUUUCUGUUUUAAAAAUCCAGCUGGAAAAUUACAAACUAUGAACAUUUGCCCAUCGGUUCUUCAUUUGGAAAGAACAGAAGGAUGUCUUCAGAAUGGAGACUGACACUUAAGCCAGAAAUAUACAUACGGGAGAGUUGGCUGCAGUAAAAAUUAUCAAAUUGGAGCCUGGAGAUGAUUUUUCUUUGAUUCAACAGGAGAUAUUUAUGGUUAAAGAAUGUAAGCAUUGCAACAUCGUUGCCUACUUUGGAAGCUAUCUCAGUCGGGAAAAGCUGUGGAUUUGUAUGGAAUACUGUGGUGGCGGAUCACUUCAAGAUAUUUACCAUGUUACUGGACCAUUAUCAGAGUUGCAAAUAGCCUAUGUAUGCAGAGAAACUUUACAGGGUCUUGCCUAUUUGCAUACCAAAGGCAAAAUGCAUAGAGAUAUCAAAGGUGCAAAUAUUUUAUUGACAGAUCAUGGUGAUGUAAAAUUAGCUGACUUUGGCGUGGCUGCAAAAAUAACAGCUACCAUUGCAAAAAGAAAAUCUUUCAUUGGCACUCCUUACUGGAUGGCCCCAGAAGUUGCAGCAGUAGAAAAGAAUGGUGGCUACAACCAACUCUGUGAUAUCUGGGCAGUAGGAAUAACAGCAAUUGAACUUGGAGAACUUCAACCACCUAUGUUUGAUCUUCAUCCAAUGAGGGCCCUCUUCUUAAUGUCAAAAAGUAAUUUUCAGCCUCCGAAACUAAAGGACAAAACAAAAUGGUCAUCAACAUUCCAUAAUUUUGUCAAAAUAGCACUAACCAAAAACCCAAAAAAAAGACCAACUGCUGAAAGACUUCUGACUCAUACGUUUGUAGGGCAGCCAGGUCUCUCUAGGGCCCUAGCAGUUGAACUGUUGGACAAAGUGAACAAUCCAGACAACCACACACAUUACACUGAAGGAGAUGAUGAUGACUUUGAGCCUCAUGCAAUCAUUCGUCAUACCAUUAGAUCUACAAACAGGAAUGCCAGAGCUGAACGGACAGCUUCAGAAAUAAAUUUUGACAAAUUACAAUUUGAACCCCCUCUGAGAAAAGAAACAGAAGCACGGGAUGAAAUGGGAUUGUCAUCAGACCCAAACUUUUUGUUACGCUGGAAUCCUUUUGUUGAUGGUGCAAAUACUGGCAAAUCAACCUCAAAACGUGCAGUACCACCUCCCCUACCUCCUAAGCCAAGGAUAAACAGUUAUCCAGAAGACAACCUCCCAGAGGAAGAAAAAUCAUCAACUGUAAAACGUUGUCCUGAUUCAGAGAACAGAGCUCCCCAGGUUCUCAGAAGACAGAGUAGUCCGAGUUGUGGCCCAGUAGCCGAGACUUCAGCUAUUGGAAAUGGUGAUGGUAUUUCCAAACUGAUUAGUGAAAAUACAGAAGGAUCAGCACAGGCACCACAGUUACCACGGAAAAAGGACAAGAGAGAUUUCCCUAAACCAGUCAUCAAUGGCCUUCCACCCACCCCAAAAGUGCUGAUGGGAGCAUGUUUUUCCAAAGUUUUUGAUGGCUGCCCUUUGAAAAUUAAUUGUGCAACAUCCUGGAUACAUCCUGAUACAAAAGAUCAGUACAUUAUUUUUGGGACUGAAGAUGGUAUUUACACAUUGAAUCUCAAUGAGCUACAUGAGGCAACAAUGGAACAGUUAUUUCCACGGAAAUGUACUUGGCUCUAUGUCAUCAAUAAUACUUUAAUGUCAUUGUCAGAAGGAAAAACCUUUCAACUCUACUCUCAUAAUCUUAUAGCUUUGUUUGAACAAGCCAAAAAACCGGGAUUAGCUGCCCAUAUUCAAACUCAUAGGUUUCCAGACCGCAUACUACCAAGAAAGUUUGCUUUAACAACAAAGAUUCCUGAUACAAAAGGCUGCCACAAAUGUUGCAUAGUCAGAAACCCUUACACGGGACAUAAAUACCUCUGUGGAGCUUUACAGUCUGGAAUUGUUUUACUUCAGUGGUAUGAGCCAAUGCAGAAAUUCAUGUUGAUAAAGCACUUUGAUUUUCCUUUACCAAGUCCUUUGAAUGUUUUUGAAAUGCUGGUAAUACCAGAACAGGAAUACCCUAUGGUCUGUGUAGCUAUUAGCAAGGGCACUGAACCAAAUCAGGUAGUUCAGUUUGAGACAAUCAAUUUGAACUCUGCGUCUUCAUGGUUUACAGAAAUUGGUGCAGGCAGCCAACAGCUGGAUUCCAUUCAUGUAACACAAUUGGAGAGAGAUACUGUUUUAGUAUGUUUAGAUAAAUUUGUAAAAAUUGUAAAUCUACAAGGAAAACUAAAGUCAAGUAAGAAACUGGCCUCUGAGCUAAGUUUUGAUUUUCGCAUUGAAUCUGUAGUAUGCCUUCAAGACAGUGUGUUGGCUUUCUGGAAACAUGGAAUGCAGGGUAAAAGCUUCAAAUCGGAUGAGGUUACCCAAGAGAUUUCAGAUGAAACAAGAGUUUUCCGCUUAUUAGGAUCAGACAGGGUUGUCGUUUUGGAAAGCAGGCCAACAGAAAAUCCUACUGCACACAGCAAUCUUUACAUCUUGGCUGGACAUGAAAAUAGUUACUAAGCAACAGAAACUGGUCUCAAAUGACAGGAAAAUCAAUACACACCCCAUUGAAAGCAAAGAUGUCUUAAGGAAAUUCAGUACAAACUACAGUAUCAUUUGCUUUAAUUUGUUAUGGGUUUUAUCUCAAAUGAUCUGUACUUUACAAUAUUUUCUGUAGCUGGAAACAGCUAGUCUAUCUCUUGCCACUGUGUGGUGGUUAUAUCAAGUUUGCUUAAUAAAAGCUAUGAGACAAAUAGUCCUCUAGUUCUAGGAAACACAGUCUUUUUUAAAAAAAAAAUAAUGUUUGUAACAAGGGUGCCAUGAUAUUUUUAGGUAGCAACUCGUGAUUAUCUUCAGAGAGAGGAAUUUAGUGACAGUUUUCUCAUUUUAUACCAUGUUUUAUUCCUUCUUAAUGAACAUAAUUUGAUAAAGAAAUUAUCAGAUAAGCCUUUCACUUUUACAUUGGCCAUUCUGUAUGUUUUUGUAAAAUAGAAUAUUUAAUCCUUAUUUAUUAAUCUCUUGCUGGAGUGGUGUAAUGUAUCUAACUUUUAGUAAAGGAGGGUUGCAGAGCAGCUUAAAUUUUUUUAUAAUGUAUAAAAACUUUGUUUACCUUUUAAGACUAGUACUUUGAAGCGUUAAAGGCUAUGUUUGGAGGUUCAAUACAUACAUGCAGUUUUAUUUAACACAAGUAUUUUGUAAUAUAAUAUCAUCCAGAAUUGCCUUAAAAGGGAGUUACAUGUUUUCAACUACUCAUAGUUGUUAGGGGGGGUCAUGUAGAAAAUAUUGAUGAUGGUUGAAAUUGUUAGAAGAAGUAUGUAUGUCUAGAUGUUACUAUCGUGUGUAUGUAUUCUCGACAAGCAGUAUAAUACACCUGUGAUUUUUUUUUUCUUUACAUUAGGGAUAAUGCUUAAGAAAUUAAUCUUCAUAUAUAUUAUCAUCCCUAAUGUAGGAGGGAAAAGUACUUAACUGCCCAUGAUAUGUAUUUUACUUAUACUAUACCAGAGGGGGAACUGUAAAGUAACUACACGUGUAUUCUUGGGUUUUUCACAUAUAUAAGUAUUCAUUUUGAGUAGUUGUAAGAAAAAAAAUCUUUAAAUGAAAUUUAAUUCCUGAUGGGAUAGUAUUAUAAAAGCCAGUAUUUUAAAAAUAAGAAAGGAUAGGGCCAUUGUUGAGUUUUCUUCCUUUCUGCUAUUGUUAGCAUUCAAAAUUAAAGUGUCACUUUGGUACCUCUUGUCUUAACAUUUACUGAGACCAGUUACUAUUGAGAUGAUUAACACAGGUUGGCAGUAGCAAACUGUAGAGGCAUUUUGAGCAAUUCCUUCAGAGGAAGACAGUAUAACUAUCUCAUUCAAUCUUUGGCGAUCCUGUAUAGUAGGUAUUAUCAUCAUCUCCAUUUUUCAGAUAAGGAGAGAGGGGGGUUAGCAAGGUUAAGAGAGUUACCCAAUUCACACAGCAAGUUAGUGGUUGAGCCAGACCAUGAGUCUUGUGACUCUGUUCUUUUCACUAUGCAAUAUGCAAACAAUAAAAUGUUAUACAAAUGAAAUAUAAAGUAUUGUCCUUUAAAAA